GCGGUGCUCGCUGAGCACGCGCGUCGGUGUCGUGGCCGCGCACGUCGUGGCCGGUUUUUCAAGGCGGGGGCGCGGACGUGCGCGUCCCCGCGGAGUCUUUUGUGUGGCGGCGUAAAGGCAGCACAAAUACAAUAACCAUGGCAGACGAGAAACCCAAGGAGGGAGUGAAAACUGAGAACAAUGACCACAUCAACCUGAAGGUGGCAGGACAGGACGGCUCAGUGGUGCAGUUUAAGAUUAAGAGGCACACACCGCUCAGCAAACUCAUGAAGGCUUACUGUGAGAGACAGGGUCUGACGAUGAGGCAAAUCCGGUUCCGGUUCGACGGGCAGCCCAUUAAUGAGACAGACACGCCUGCACAGUUGGAAAUGGAGGAUGAGGACACAAUUGACGUUUUCCAGCAACAGACAGGAGGCUUCGUCUAAACGCAGAAACUUCACUGCCUUCUUUCUCUCUCUCUCUCUCUCUCUCUCUCUCUCUCUUUCUCUCUCUCCCUCCCCCCCUCUCCCCCUCCCCCCCUCCUCUCCUCUUUUCCCCUCACAGUUACUCCUGACUGCUGUUGUAUAGCGUGUUGAUGCUCUUCCAGCUUUGCAGUACCUGCUUUUUUGUAUAUAAAGUGAUCUUCUUUUUCUCUCUCUCUCUUUCUCAGACACACACACACACACUCUAAAGAGGCAGCGUAAAUGCUGUGAGAUCAGAAGCCCAGAUUUUUUUCCCCCUUUGGUUAAAAGUGACCACAACAUCUCUCAAAAGCAAUCUGUGGUUCAGAUCUUUCUGCAGAAAUGUCAGUCGAGUAAAGCGAUUUUGAAUUUGAAAAUAUUUUGACACCAAACUUCAGACGAAACGUUUUUGUUGUCUCGUGUCCUCAAAAGUUACGAAAAUUAAACACUCACUUUGUAUGAAAGGAACAGUUUGGUAAAACAAGACAAGUCUGUUAUCUCUAUUUUAGCUGCUUUUAUUUCUGUUAUCUUCUUUCAGACAAAUUUUUAUUAUUAUUAUUAUAUUAUUGAUUGGCAUUAGACGUGUAAAGUGAAUAAAGCCCCAGAUUCAGUAGGUGAAUUGUGAAUGAUAAAAAUAAUAAAAAACGGAAGAAGAACCCCUGAUAUUUCUGUCAAGUAAAGCAUCUGUAUUGUCUAAUAAAUCAUUUGUUUAAAAUAAAGAAAAACUCUUUUUA